CAGUAGUGGCUCAGUGCAGGCUGAGUUUGCUUUAAACCAACAGUGUGGCUGCUAAGCACACACACACUGUUGUCUAGUGCAAACAGGAAGAGAGCGGAGCACACACACUCCAAAGUACCAAUAUUUUGUAUUUACUUAUUGUUUUUGGAGCAGCAGGUGUGUCGAGUCUCACCUGUUGCCGCCGUGUGUCCCCCGACAGGAACAUGCAUCAUCGGCACCACUUUGCACCGAGUUGACCGCUUCCCGGCGUGGUGUAGAGAGCAGGUGGAUCCUGCUCGCCGUCUCACCUUUAUGGGGAACCAGGUGGAGAAACUAACGCACUUGAAUUACGUGGAAGUGCCGACGUCGGAUCCCAACGGCUUCGACCCGGACGAAGAGGGACCGCGCAUCGGCGUCUCCUACAUUUUCUCCAAUGACGCGGACGACGACGACGACGACAACGACGAGCAUUCGGACGCUUUCCCCCCCGAACACCCGCAGGCGACGCACGACGAGAAGCCGUUCGACCCCCGGGACGAGCUGGGGUGCUCGGUGCUCUUCCGGGAGGAGAGCGUGUUCGAGCGGAGCGGCGGCGGCGCCACGCACAGCGCGGAGAGUCUGCUGAACAAGUGCAAGCCGGGGGACCUGCUGGAGUUUGUGGCCACCGGGCAGUACCCGCACUGGGCCGUGUACGUGGGGGACUUCCAGGUGGUCCACCUGCACCGCGCCGAGAUCAAAAACAGCUUCCUCACCGACGUGAGCCAGGGCAAGAAGGGCCGCAUCGUCAACGGUCUGUACCGCUACCGCGCGCUCACGCCGGAGCUCAUCGUGCGCAACGCCGUGGACCAUGUGGGCUCCAGGGACCGGGAACUGUACUGGAGGAACUCCGAGUGCUUCGCCGCCUGGUGCCGCUUUGGGAAGCGCGAGUUCAAGAUCGGCGGGGAGAUUAGGAUCGGAAAGCAGCCAUACAAAUUGAGACUACACUUCUCCGAGAAGAAGGAGCACGUGUUGGAGUUCCAGAGUCUGGAGGAUGUGAUCAUGGAGCGGAGGAGGAACGAGCAGAUAGGGAAGGAUGCUGUGAUGCAGGAACUCGCCAAUCACCUGAACGCAGCACAGGACUUUAAAGAGUCUUAUGGCACCUGAUGCUCGUCAUAGUGCUCUGUGCCGUGCACUUUGACACUACUUUCCACCAGCAAUACACACUCCUGUUAUUUUCCUACCAUUUAGCAGCUUAAAGGCCUAUUGAAAUGAGAUUUUCUUAUUCAAACGGGGAUAGCAGGUCCAUUCUAUGUGUCAUACUUGAUCAUUUUGCGAUAUUGCCAUAUUUUUGCUAAAAGGAUUUAGCAGAGAACAUCGACGAUAAAGUUUGCAACUUUUGGUCGCUAACAGAAAAGCCCUGCCUUUACCGGAAGUCGCAGACGAUGAUGGCUCCUCACACCCUCACAUUGUUUUUAAUGGGAGCCUCCAACAAAAAGAGCUAUUCGGACCGAGAAAACGACAAUUUCCCCAUUAAUUUGAGCAAGGAUGAAAUAUUUGUGUUUGAGGAUAUUGAUAGCAACGGACUAGGAAAAAAAAAGUUUAAAAAAACGCGAUUGCAUUGGGACGGAUUCAGAUGCUUUUAGACACAUUUACUAGGAUAAUUCUGGAAAAUCAUUUAUCUUUCUAUUGUGUUGCUAAUGUUUUAGUGAGUUUAACAGUACCUGAUAGUCGGAGGUGUGUGUCCACGGGUGUCCUGAUGCCAGUGUCUCAGGGGAGUCGACGGCAGCUUUAUGGACGGGGCAAGCUCAGCUGAUCUCCGGUAAGAAGCGACUUUUUAACCACAAUUUUCUCACCGAAACCUGCCGGUUGACAUUCCGUUGUGAUUCACGUUCGCUGAUCUAUAGUAAAUUUUCACCUCCGUGAAUUUUAAACAAGGAAUCACCGUGUGUUUGUGUGGCUAAAGCUUCCCAACUCCAUCUUGCUACUUUGACUUCUCCAAUAUUAAUUGAACAAAUUGCAAAAGAUUCAGCAACACAGAUGUCCAAAAUACUGUGUAAUUAUGCCGUUAAAGCAGACGACAUUUAGCUGUGUGUGUGCGUAGCGCUCAUAUUUCUUAAAAACCCGUGACGUCUUGCGUACACGUCAUCAUUACACAACGUUUUCAAGACAAAACUCCCGGGAAAUUUAAAAUUGCAAUUUAGUAAACUAAAAAGGCUGUAUUGGCAUGUGUUGCAAUGUUAAUAUUUCAUCAUUGAUAUAUAAACUAUGAGACUGCGUUGUGGGUAGUAGUGGGUUUCAGUAGGCCUUUAAUCAUCUGCUUAGCUGGCAGCACUGUGGGACAGGGGUUAGUGCGUGUGCCUCACAAUAUAAAGGUCCUGAGUUCAAUCCCGAGCUCUGGAUCUUUCUGUGUGGAGUUUGCAUGUUCUCCCCGUGACUACCCUCUGGUUUCCUCCCACCUCCAAAAACAUGCACCUGAUUGAUUGGCAACACUUAAUUGGCCCUCGUGUGUGAGUGUGAAAGUUGUCCGCGGUGAGAUGGCGACUUGUCCAGGGUGUAACCAGCCUACCGCAAGACUGCAGCUGAGAUGGGCUCCAGCGACCUCAGAAACAAGCGGUAGAACAUGGAUUGAUCUGCUAAGCUUCAUGUCUAAUGUCUCACGUACACAGGAAUAAAAGCGCCUGAAAGGAGAUAAAAGCCAAAAUGUAAAAUACCCCUGGAUAGUUAUAUUGAUUGCCAAUGUCUGCAUAUAUGAAUGAAAUCAACUCGGGCUGUCAACCUUAAUAAAUAACUCAUGUGAUUAAUUACAAUUUUUUUUUGCAUCAAUUAUGAACAUACCAGGAUUAAUUAUGCUAUUUAUUGUGACCAGACAAGCUCUUUUAACUAAGGUUGAUAGGCAACACUAAAUCGGCCCUAUAUUUGUGAAUGUUGUCUGUCUGAGUUGGCCCUGCGACUUGUCCAGAGUGUACACUGCCUUCCGCCCGGAAGCUCUUUUACUUAGUGUUAAGAUCGAUGCGUACAAACAUGAGUAAGGACACUCCGACUGUUGUGCUCACUGGCAAAUUUCACUCCAAAAUGCAGCCUCAAUCAGGGGUGUCAAAUUAAUUUUACAAUCAGGGGCUACAUUGAGGAAAAUCUACUCCCAAGUGGGCUGGACUGAUAUAAUCACGGCACGAUAACCUAAAAAUAAAGACAACUUCAAAAUUGUUUUCUUUGUUUAAAAAUACAACAAACACAUUUUGAAAUUGUACAAAUCAUAAUGAUUUUUUACACGUACAUGUUGCGGUUGGUAAUAUUCUAUCUUCAUUUGUCGUUAUUUAUAUUUUCUGAAUAAAAUGUGAUAAUGUUCAUUAGUAAACUCUUUGAUGUUAAUUUUCAAUCUAUCAAGUUAAAAAAAUUAUAUCAAAAUUAAAUUAACGUAUAUUUAUGUACAAACCCCGUUUCCAUAUGAGUUGGGAAAUUGUGUUAGAUGUAAAUAUAAACGGAAUACAAUGAUUUGCAAAUCCUUUUCAACCCAUAUUCAAUUAAAUGCACUACAAAGACAAUAUAUUUGAUGUUCAAACUCAUAAACUUUAUUUUUUUGGGCAAAUGAUAAUUAACUUUGAAUUUCAUGGCUGCAACACAUGCCAAAGUAGUUGGGAAAGGAUAUGUUCACCACUGUGUUACAUCACCUUUUCUUUUAACAACACUCAAUAAACGUUUGGGAACUGAGGAAACUAAUUGUUGAAGCUUUGAAAGUGGAAUUCUUUCCCAUUCUUGUUUUAUGUUGAGCUUCAAUUGUUCCAACAGUCCGGGGUCUCCGCUGUCGUAUUUUACGCUUCAUAAUGCGCCACACAUUUUCGAUGGGAGACAGAUCUGGACUGCAGGCGGGCCAGGAAAGUACCCGCACUCUUUUUUUACAAAGCCACGCUGUGGUAACACGUGCUGAAUGUGGCUUGGCAUUGUCUUGCUGAAAUAAGCAGGGACGUCCAUGAAAAAGACGGUACUUAGCAGCAUAUGUUGUUCCAAAACCUGUAUGUACCUUUCAGCAUUAAUGGUGCCUUCACAGAUGUGCAAGUUACCCAUGCCUUGGGCACUAAUGCAUCCCCAUACCAUCACAGAUGCUGACUUUUGAACUUUGCGUCGAUAACAGCCUGGAUGGUUCACUUCCCCUUUGGUCCGGAUGACACGAUUUUGAAUAUUUCCAAAAACAAUUUGAAAUGUGGACUCGUCACACCACAGAACACUUUUCCACUUUGGAUCAGUCCAUCUUAGAGGAUCUUGGACCCAGAGAAGCUGGCGUCGUUUCUGGAUGUUGUUGAUAAAUAGCUUUUGCUUUGCAUAGUAGAGCUUUAACUUGCACCUAGAGAUGUAGCGACGCACUGUAUUAAGUGACAGUGGUUUUCUGAAGUGUUCCUGAGCCCAUGUGGUGAUAUCUUUUAGAGAUUGAUGUCGGUUUUUGAUACAUUGCCGUCUGAGGGAUCCCAGGUCACGGUCAUUCAAUGUUGGUUUCUGGCCAUGCUGCUUACUUGGAGUGAUUUCUCCAGAUUCUCUGAACAUUUUGAUGAUAUUAUGGACCAAAGGUGUUGAAAUCCCUAAAUUUCUUGCAAUUGCACUUUGAUAAAUGUUGUUCUUAAACUGUUUGACUAUUUGCUCACGCAGUUGUGGACAAAGGGGUGUACCUCGCCCAUUCUUUGUUGUGAAAGACAGAGCAUUUUUUGGAAAGCUGUUUUUAUACCCAAUCAUGGCACCCACCUGUUCCCAAUUAGCCUGCACACCUGUGGGAUGUUCCAAAUAAGUGAUGAGCAUUCCUCAACUUUAUCAGUAUUUAUUGCCACCUUUCCCAACUUCUUUGUUACGUGUUGCUGGCAUCAAAUUCUAAAGUUAAUGAUUAUUUGCAAAAAUAAAUUGUUUAUCAGUUUGAACAUCAAAUAUGUUGUCUUUGUAGCAUAUUCAACGGAAUAUGGGUUGAAAAUGAUUUGCAAAUCAUUGUAUUCAGUUUGUAUUUACAUCUAACACAAUUUCCCAAUUCUUAUGGAAACGGGGUUUGUAGUUUGAUCAUUUUUCCCGACUGAUGUACUAACAUCAUGUGGUUUAUUUUGUACCUAUAUAGCAUCAUCUGCAAAGAUACAAAGAAUUGCUAUUGUGACAUCCAGUGGACACAUUUACAACAGCAGUUUUUUUUUAAUUAAAACGUUUCCGGUUAAUUUUUAUACUUAGCAAACUUCCCACGGGCCGGAUAAAACCUGUACCCGGGCCUGAUGCGGCCCCUGGGCCGUACGUUUGACACCCCUGGCCUGACUGGAUUUUAGAUGAAACUUACCAAGUUUUGUGCAAAUACAUAUCAUGCAUUCACUAAAACGUGUAAAACCGCUUCUGGAUGACAUUCUCACAACAAAGUUGCAUUUGUCUAUGAAUAUUGUUUUUUUUUUUCUAAAGCAUUUUUUCAGUAUGCACACGCAAUCACCUGUGAUUAAUCCAAAUUCCAAAAUGUUAUUACGGAAGAAAAAAAAAUCACAGCCCCAAAAACAUUGAAAAAGUCUGUUUAACUAUAUAGUUUAUUGUCACCUGGAAUUACAUUUUCUUAGUUGAACGUAACACAUUAAGUUGACAUGAAAAGUCUCAUUUUCAUUUCAACCCUUACAAAGAUCUGACUGCGCCCAAAGAUCCUACAACAGAAUUAUACGAAAACUGAAGACAUUUACUCAGCCUGAAACCAUUUCAAUCAUACACAGUACAGGCCAAAAGUUUGGACACACCUCCUCAUUCAAUGCAUUUUCUUUGUUUUCAUGACUACUUACAUUGCAGAUUGUCACUGAAUGAAUCAAAAAUAUGAAUGAACACAUGUGGAGUUUUGUACUUAACAAAAAAAAGGUGAAAUAACUGAAAAACAUGUUUUAUAUUCUAGUUUCUUUAAAAUAGCCACCCUUUGAUUACUUUUUUUGCAAACUCUUGGCAUUCUCUCUUAACUCCACGUGUUCAUUCAUAGUUUUAAUGUCUUUAGUGACAAUCUACAACGUAAAUAUUCAUGAAAAUAAAGAAAAGGCAUGGAAAUGAGGUGUGUCCAAACCUUUGGUCUGUACUUUGUAUGUAUGUAUAUAUAUAUAUAUAUAUAUAUAUAUAUAUAUAUAUAUAUAUAUAUAUAUAUA